AUGUCCAACGAUUCGAAGGGGAACAGUUUCCCCGACGUGUCAGCGAAACUGUCAGCUCUGCCAAAGAAAUCGCUUUUCGAGCGCCAAAAAGCCGAAGUGGAAGCUAAGCGUGCGAGAGAAAAAGCUGAGACUGCUGCGGUUUAUGAAGAUUUUGUCAAAUCAUUCGAAGAUGAGGCUCCGAUUGCACCACGGUCGUUGGAUGGAGGGUCUGGUUACCCACGACGGGCAAGUCCUCCCAGGCGCCAUUUUGCAGCUUCCGCUUUGCGACACAGUGGUCCUGGCACGCUAGGCCCCUCGCACUCCUCAUUUUCUCAGAAACGCUCCCACGCAUCCUUCUCUUCCUCCCAUCGCGACCAUCCCAAAUUCCCAAACAUGUCUACCUCAUCUGAAGCCGACAGAGUAGUUGAUGACGAGGAGAGGGCAGCUGCCAAACCCACACUGUACCUCGCGUCGCUUCCUCCCGGGACCUCUCUGUCAGUGAUCAAGGCACUGAUCUCCCCGACUCUCACUGUGGACAAUGUCAAGAUUUUGAGCCAACCCGAGCAACCCUCAACCGCACGCAGAUCCUCUGCUGCACUCGUUACGCUUGCUAGUGACUCUGCCGCCUCUCAGAUUGAUGCAACCGUGAGCGCCCUCCAGAAGAAAUACCUUGGCUUCGGGUAUUACCUAGACAUCUCUCGACAUCUUUCUUCCGCUGUGUCUAGCUCCAGACUACCCUUGCCAUCCACUGCAUCUCUCCCAUUUGGCGCCACGCCUAUCCCACAAAACUCCGGCGCAAGCUUCAGUCGAGCUCCGCCCCCUGGUUUACACCGUGGGGGAAUCGCACCGCCCAGUUCUUAUGGUCCUCAAGGUGAUAAGAAUGCCCCCACUACUCAGGUCCAAGUCAAGCUGCCGAAAAACCUCGGACAGCUGAGACAGAUACACAAAACCAUUGAAUAUCUCAUCAAUCAUGGUCCGGAAUUCGAGGCAUUGUUGAUGAGUCGACCCGACAUCCAACAGGAUGAAAAGUGGUCCUGGCUGUACGAUGCAAGAUCGGCUGGUGGUGUAUACUACCGUUGGAAGUUGUGGCAGGUCAUUACGGAUCCCAAGCAGCGAAACAUUGACAAGCCGGCGAUAAUAUUUGAAGGUGGCCCGCUCUGGCUGCCCCCCAAACACAAACUGAAGUUCGAAUAUGUCACUAAAAUCUCCGAAUUUGUCACACACCCCGAUUACAACUCAUCCGACGAGGAACACUCGGAUGGAGAAAAUGAAAGGCGCAACCGUGGUGGAGCAGCUUCUGAGCCAGAUAGUGAUGCUCCCGAGUACUUGAACCCUUUGAAGAUGGCUAAGCUUACCCACCUUCUCGCCCGACUUCCACCGACCAAUACAAAGCUUCGACGUGGUGAUGUCGCACGAGUCACGGCAUUUGCCAUUGAAAACGCCAGAGCGGGUGCGAAUGAGGUUGUCGACCUGGUUGUUCGAAACGUCUUCACUCCACUGAUCUACUCGGCAGCCAACCCAAAUCGUGAUGCUGCGAAAAAGAAUCUAGAGAGCACACACAACGACGAUUCGAGUUCCAAAGAAUCUUUGGACACCCCCCCUGCGAAACUGGUUGCGCUCUACAUCAUUUCCGAUAUUCUCUCUGCGGCAUCAACCAGUGGCGUGCGUCAGGCAUGGCGAUACCGCCAGUUGUUUGAAGCUGCUCUCCGUGAACGCAAGGUCUUUGAACAUCUUGGUCGCCUUGAUAAGGAUUUCAAUUGGGGACGAAUGAAAGCAGACAAAUGGAAGCGCAGCGUCGGCUCCCUUCUACACCUGUGGGAGGGAUGGUGUUGUUUUACUCAAUCGGCCCAAGCUCAUUUCACCAAAGUGUUUGAAACCCCGCCACUUACAGAGUCCGAGCUUCAGAACCAGAAGGAAACCGAGAAGACCAAUGCGGAGCGGGCCGCUGUCGCCUUUGCCAAAAGCAAGAAUCGAUGGAAGACAGUUGACGAUGACAAGCGGCGUGGGAAGUCUGGACCGACUCGCCCUGUGGAUAAGAACGGCCAGUCUAUCUCCAACGCUGGCACCAACGCUGGCAUUGAAAAUGUUCCAGUAAAACGCAAGGCCGCGGAAGAGUCUGAUGAUGUCCCAAUGGGAGCCAGGAACGAACAAGAUUCUCUUCAUCUCCCAAAGCGAGUCAAGGUCCACAGCGACAUGUGUGACCAGCGGCUGUCUAUUGCUGAGAAGCCCAUGCUUAACAUAUUGUCUAUUAACAAGAUUUCCAACCUCAAUGCGCUGCUUAUUGGUGUGAAAUUCACUACUCAGGGGAUGCCUGUUGCUGGUAAGGCUAAGCUUCAGGCGCCGUCGUUGGGCAAUGAAGACACCCAAAUUCAACACCCUCACCAGCCACCCCAGGAACGCACCCAAUCUUCUGAGCAAUCCGAGCAAUCAGCCGAGCAGCAUCUUGGAACACGGCGACGAAAGCCACGCCCCAAGGCUGAAGAUAUGUUUGCGUCGGAUUCGGAGUGA